CUGUUGACGAGCGAGCGAACGGAGCACGAGGCAUACAUGUACGCAUUGCCGAUCAGGUGCACACAGGGAGACACACGCCGGGGUGGCAUUGGCAUGGCAUGGCAUGGCAUGGCACAGAGAGAAAGGAAAGAGAGGAAGAAAGAGGGGCUGUCCGGAUGAAUGAAGAGACACACGCUGACUGAUUGUCUGGCUGUCUGUGGCGGUAGGCCACCUCAACACACACACACACACAUAUCGACAGAGAAAGCGAUCAUCUCAUAGCUAUGGGCGAUAUAAACACGUGUACGUGUGCGGAUGUGUUUACACACACAUCCAUCCAUCCAUAUGAAUGCAUGUAGACAUUGCCUACAGACUCUCUGUCCGUCAACCAGACUGUCAAGAGCUUAAAAGUGCACUCACACCCACACACACACUCACAGACAGACAGACAGACAGACAGCAACCGACGAGGGCAACAGCAGCUCCGGCCGGCCUGAAAAGAGAGCAAAUGGGUCGGCCUUGCUGCCUGCCUGCCGCGCUAUGCCUGCUAUCUGAUGCUCGUCAUGUCCUUUGAGCCUUGCGCUGUCACGGGCUGAUGCGAGCGCAUCAUGGCAAGAAACUCCUCGAAGUCUAUUUCGCCGUCUGAUGCACGAGCACACAGAUAGAGCAAACACGAGUGCAUCCGCCCAUCGGUCCAUCCAUGGACAGCUCAGGUGCUGCCUGCCUGCCUACACACCUCCGUUGGUGUCGGCCUCGCGGAGCACAGCGGCAAUUGUGGCCCGGCCGACGGCAUCGUGCACGUUUUGCAUGCCCAGCACCUGCCUCAACUCGUCCUGAGAUAUCCGCCCGUUGCCGUCCUGCCGUCAGCCAUUAGGGGACAGCACAGCACAGCACAGCAUGUCAGGCAGUCACUCAUUCACGCACAAUGGAUGGGUGGGGUGUGUGUGCGCACCAGAUCGAAGACCCGGAAGGCUGCCCAGCAGACGUCCUCCUGUGCACCCAUGCAUCGCAUCGAUGGACACAUUUAUAUGUCUCUAUCUGUGUCUAUCGCGUUCAUUGGAUUGCAUUGAGAGGGUACCUGGAGGUAGAGUUUCUUGUCUAUUGUGGCCGCAAUGAACUCUGGUUGAUGGACAGAGAGAUGCACCACACAGAGAGAGGGAGACGGCCAUACAUACAUACAACAGUAUGUGGACCAUCCAUCCAUCCAAUGCACCAGUGUAGUCGAUGACGCCAGAGCCAUCGCUGUCGACCUCCUCCAUGAUCUGCUGCAGAUCCUGAGGCACGUCCUUCCAACCUACAGGACAGACACUCGUACUGUCACUUCUCUCUCUCUCUCUCUCUCUCUGUGUGUGUGUGUGUGUGUGUGAGUAUACCCAUUCUUAGCAGUCCCUCCUUGACCUCCUGCACGGUGAGUGUGCCGCUAUUGUCCUUGUCAAGCGAGAUGAAGAUCCUCUUCAGGUGGUUGAUCUCAUCCUCUGCAGCAGAGGAUGGCAUACACACGCACGGCACACAAAAGCAGUGGCGUUCAUCCAUCCCAUCCAUGGCAUACGCACCCACCUGACAAGUGCUGUGCGAUGACAGUGAGUGCAGCCUUCUUGAGCUUGUUCUGCGCCCUGAAGUUCUGCACACAUGCAUACAUCCGACACGAGCCAUGCACACACACUUGUGUGGGAGGGUGCUUGUGGCUCGUGUGGCUCACUCUCAGGUUUUCCAUGAUGCCGUGUGUGAGGGAUGCGUUGGUCGAGUUGGCCGCCAGCUCCUGAAUCCACGGGUGGGACAGCGCCUGCUUGGCUGUGAAGCGCUCCUGAUACAUCCCACCCACACAUCCAUCCAUCCAUCCGUCAUGCUCGCGUGUGCGUGUGUACCUUGGGGUGCAUCUUGAGCAGCUUGCGAAUCAGAUCCUUCGCAUCUGGCGGUGUUGCGGGAAAAGUUAUGUACAUAAGUUCCGCAUUGGUCUGAGCAUAGCAUACCUUCGCUGAUGUUUUUCCAGUCCGGCGCGUUGAACGAGUAGUUGCCCAGCCGCACCUUGGCCAACACGUCUGCAGCAAGGCAUUCGUGGCACGCAGGGAGCCAACAAGACUCACUCACUAGACAUCCAUCCAUGCGUGUGUGUGUGUGUCGUGUGUGCGUUGGUGCGUGCCUGCGUCGGUGUCGCCGUAGAAAGGGGGAUACCCACCUGAAGGUAAUGUCAACACGCGCACCGUGUGCAUCCGUGUGCUGUGCAAACUCUCUCCCAAUCUCUCAAACUCUCUCCCAAUCUCUCUCUCUCUCUGUGCGUUUACAUCACAUAUGUGUGCAGUGCUCACACAAGAGGAUGUACAUGAUGACCCCACAGGACCUAACCGCACAGCGCACAUAUCAACACACAUACAUUCUCACAUACAUACAUGUUUCUAUGCCUCUGCCUCCAUAUGUCUGUUUCGUGAGCACCACAGAUCGCAUGUUUCGUCAUACUUGCCCGCCAGCACCUGCGGCGCCACGUAAUACGGCUGCACGCACCAAGGAAGGAACCAAGCCACGUACACAUGCAUGCGUACACACAUACUUUUACAUCCAGACAUAUGUGUAUGUACGUAUGUAUGUGCCCUUUAUUACCGUGCCCGCCUUGGUGCUUUUGGUCUCAUUGGUCUUGAAUCGACACGAGAGGCCGAAGUCGAUGAUCUUCAACGGACUGUGGUGGUCCUGCACAUACGCACACACACAGUCAGACAGACAGACAGACAGACACACAGAUGUGGUGUAAGGUGCGUGUGUGGAUGCUGUGCGCAUCUCUCUCCUCCCUCCCUCCCUCCCUCCCUCCCCAUCCACUCAGCGACCCACCGACCUUUGACAAGAACAGGAAGUUCUCAGGUUUGAGGUCUCUGUGCAUGAUGCAGUUGGAGUGGCAGUAGUGGAUGGCAGAGAACAUCUGCUUCAUCAACUGCAUCAUACAUAAUGCACACACACACAGGCACAUGCACAAAAACAUAUAUAUCGCUGUGACGUGACUUGACGUGUGUAUGGCUGGCUGUGUUUUGUUUGUUUGGUGAGUGCAUCCGUCCGUUUACCUGUGCGGCGUCCUUCUCUGUGAAAUGCCCCUCGUCGAUAAUGCGAUCAAACAGCUCGCCCCCAGUACACAACCUAAAACACAGAAACACGGGAACACGGGAAUAGGCAGGCAAAAAACGCUAACCGACGUGUGUCAAUGCUUUGUCUGUCUGUCUGUCUGCUUUGUGUGUGUGCUCUCGCUGACUCCAUGACUAGGUAUAUAUUCCUGUGGUCCUCAAAAGUCUCGUAUAGCUUGAUGAUGUUGGGGUGGUCCAGGACCUUCAUGAUGGCGAUCUCCUGCCGAAACCUGUCGAUGUUCUUCACCUGCACUCAGAACACACACGCACACAUCCAUCCAUCCAUCCAUCCACGCGUCUGUACUUGGCAUUUUGAGAUGGUCUUGACUGCCCGUAUCGCACCGGUGGCCUUGUUGACCUGCACAGACGUACGCCAUGUGUGCAUGGGUGGCAUUUCCUUGCGUCGCCCGCCUCUCUAGCGUUCAUACCGCCUUGCACACGCUCCCAUACGUGCCUUGUCCCAAUUUCUACACCAACAUAAACACCACAGAUGAGUGAACAUACGAGCAUCCAGCAGCACAGCACACGUGGUGCCUUGUGGACGGACCUUGGUCUCCAAAUCAUACACCUGCACAACCACACACACACACACAGGCGUUCACUCAGAGUGCCAAAAAUAACACAUGCAUUCGCAUGUGUGUCGAUUUGUAUGUAUAUCGUGCGGCGCGUACAUUGGUCAAUAUGCCGCUAUUGGAAAGGAUGAAAUUCGACCUGCGUGUAGUGUAGCCAGCGAUGAAUCAAUCCAUAGAUUGACACAUCCAUUCAUCAACGCUGAGUGAGUGAGAGAAUGGACGGCUGCGUGGUUACCUUGAGAAUCCCUCCCCCUUGCCGCUCUUGUCGACCGACAGAGCAGACGACCCCCCAUCGCCCUCCUUGACCGUCAAAGCCUGACAUGGACAGACAGACACACAUGGAUGACACACUCGCAUACCCACUCAUAUGUUGAAGCCCUUGUCUGUCUGUCUGUCUGUCAGUCAGUGUCAACGAUGAAUGAAUGUUUAAGGUGCGUACCUUUUGCCUUCCCCUUUGUCGUCUCGACUGCCGAUUCCCCAUCUCUCUGCCGACAUAUGCACACACACACAAUGCAUGGCAAUGGCAAACCAGCACAGACUCACCUGUGAAGGAAAAAUAGCAAGCCCUGCCAGCGACGAGCUCACUCAGCAACCCAACUUUCCCAGAAGGCCUCACCCCGCAACCGGCUCACUCCCAGAGGACCAAAGAGAGUGAGAAAUAACAACUGACUCUCUCUGUCUGCUCGAAACCCUUCCUGCACUCAGCAGCACAUACACUGUUGUCGAGGAAGAGGGGAAAGAGAAAAUGGGGAAGAGGCUACUUGCGCGCUUAGCCGUGAGGCGCGAGCUUUUAAAUGCGAUGUCCAACAACCGCAAUGAAUUUCAAGUUGCGUGCAUGUUAGCAUUAGUUGACGCUGCCGAGGAAGCAGCGGAAAGCGAACCCCUACCCCAAACCGAAGGAAAAACCGUUAAGCUUGCGGCGAGAAUCGCGGCGAGAUUCGCGAUCUUGGCCGCCUCCGAUUCAAGAACCGAAUCGUCGUGCCAGUUCUUCUCCGUUCUCAUCGUUCUUCUCACUUCGCCCUCGUUUCUUACUCUUCUGCGUCGAAGUGAGAACGCUCUUGUGGUGUGUUUCGCCCAUUCAGCGUUCUCCCUGC